AUGUUCAUAGUUUUCACUGAUAUUUCUGGGAUCCUGCUAGUCCAUACUGUACCAGAGGGCCAGGAAUCCAACAAAGAUGAUUAUGCUACGAUAGCGAUCAUGUUGCCUUUCGUUUUGAUGUUCGCCGUGGCUAUGGCCAGUGGCCCACCCGUUGAAACUGAUCCAGCUGAUUGUUUAUCAUCAUCCGGGUAUCUUGCCGGGACCGACUUUGGCGAGGAUUGUUGUUCUUUUGUCGUGUGUGAUGCUGCUAGACUGAACAAAACUGGCUUUGUUGGAAAGUGUAUGGGAGGAACUGCUUGGAACCAAGAUUUACUUGUAUGUGAUGACCCAAAAUACGUAGACUGCGACGUAUUAACAUGCGACGUACCCUCAAGAACAAAUGCUGAGUGUGAUGAUCCUCAACCAACUGGAUCCACUUGUUGCGUUGGACAAAACCGUGAAAAUGGCAAAAAUGGUUACGAGCCAGUCUUCAGCGCCGGAUCCGAUGAGAGUUCUUACUUCCGUGGUGAUGACCGUGAGGAACAGACCUGCCCAUUCGGGCAGAUCUUCAGCCUAGAGUCAUGCUGUUGUGAAUACGUCUAUGAGGUGGAUCCCGCUUGUGCUGAUACCACAUCAUUUUUCUUUGAUGACCCAACCGGUGAUGGCUGCUGCUCCUACAUUCAAUGUUUUGCCAACAGGACCGGAUAUGACGUAUACGCAUGUUUGGGAGGCAGCGUCUGGAAUUCUGCAAACAAAACAUGUGAUAUCCCAUACAAUGUUAUGGAUUGUAUGAGCGCCCUGUGCGGUGAUGCCACUACCGAUCCUCCAUGUGAUGGCACUGGAUCAGGUACUUGCUGCCGUGCUGGAAACUAUUACAUCGAGGGAGGUGACGACACACAAUACAUCAUCACAGAUGGCCCUGGAGCCAGUGACAGACUUCAGUGUUGCCCACAGGAUAUGGAUGGCCUACAACUCAUUUUCAACUUUGAUGAGGAGGAAGUGAUCAUGUUGCCUUUCGUUUUAAUGUUCGCUGUGGCUAUGGCCAGUGGCCCACCCGUUGAGACUGACCCAGAGGCAUGUAAGGCAACAUCCGGGUAUCUUGCCGGGACCGACUUUGGCGAGGAUUGUUGUUCAUUUGUCGUGUGUGAUGCUGCUAGACUGAACAAAACUGGAUUUGUUGGAAAGUGUAUGGGAGGAACCGCCUGGAACCAAGAUCUACUUGUAUGUGAUGACCCAAAAUACGUAGACUGUGACGUAACAACAUGCGACGUACCCUCAAGAACAACUGCUGAGUGCGCUGAAGCCCAACCAACUGGAUCCACUUGUUGCGUGGGACAAAACCGCGAAAAUGGCAAAAAUGGUUACGAGCCAGUCUUCAGCGCCGGAUCCGAUGAGAGUUCCUACUUCCGCGGAGAUGACCGUGAGGAACAGACCUGCCCAUUCGGGCAGAUCUUCAACUUAGAGUCAUGCUGUUGUGAAUACGUCUAUGAAGUGGAUCCCGCUUGUGCUGAUACCACAUCAUUUUUCUUUGAUGACCCAACUGGUGAUGGCUGCUGCUCCUACAUCCAAUGUUUUGCCAACAGAACCGGAUAUUCCGUAUACGAUUGUUUGGGAGGCAGCGUCUGGAAUUCUGCAAACAAAACAUGUGAUAUUCCAUACAAUGUUAUGGAUUGUAUGAGCGCCCUGUGCGGUGAUGCCACUACUGACCCUCCAUGUGAUGGCACUGGAUCAGGUGCUUGCUGCCGUGCUGGAAACUAUUACGACGAAGCUGGUGACGCCACACAAUACUUCAUCACAGAUGGCCCUGGAGCCAGUGACAGACUUCAGUGUUGCCCACAGGAUAUGGAUGGCCUACAACUCAUUUUCAACUUUGACGAGGAGCAACUGAGGAAUAUAUCUACAGAUCUCGGACUAAAUCUUACCGAUGACCAACUUGAGCAGCACAAAGAACAUAUGAAAGGAGUCCAGGGCGCCUAUCAGAUGUUAGAAGAACUGGUUGAGCCAACACUGGAAGUGAAGUUCCCAAGGACACCUGGACAUAAACCAAAACCAGAUGAGAAUCCAUUCAAUGCAUGGGCUUGGUGCACUGAUAUUAAAGGAUCGGAAAACGGCAAACUUAAAGGAAAAACAGUGGCUAUGAAAGACUCGAUUGCAGUGGCCGGUGUACCUAUGACAAAUGGCAGUAAAACAUUUGAAGGAUACGUACCAGAGUUUGAUGCCACCGUUGUCACAAGGAUCCUGGAAGCAGGUGGUAGGAUUAUGGGAAAGUCAGUAUGCGAGGAUCUCUGCCACUCCUGCAACGGCUUUACCGCUAUAAGUGGACCUGUAACUAACCCUUUAGACAGUGCACGAACACCAGGCGGCUCUAGUUCAGGAUCAGCUGCUCUUGUUGCUGGUGGUAUAGUUAAUUUGGCGCUAGGUGGCGACCAAGGAGGUUCCAUCAGAAUUCCUGCAAGUUUGUGCGGGAUAGUUGGUCUCAAACCAACGCAUGGGCUCGUUCCCUACAGCGGGGCAGUAUCUGUUGAUCCUUCGUUUGACCAUCUAGGCCCUAUCACACGAACAGUUGAUGACUGUGCAUUGUUAUUAGAGGUUUUGGCGGGAUACGAUGGAUUUGACCCAAGACAAAAAAUAACGGAUAUCCCUGACUAUACCAAGCUUAUUGAUGGUGGUGUGAAAGGAAUGAACAUUGGAUUUGUUGAAGAGGGAUUUGCCGUAUGCGAGUCUGAUGUCGUUAAAGUCGUCAAGGAAACGGCCGAUGUGUGGAAGAAAGCUGGUUUCGCUAUAUGGACGCCUAUAUUUGUCGAAGGAGUUUACAUGCAUGGCUUUGUUGGUGCCAAUGUUGGAAACAAGGGGUUCUACCCGAAUUCAAUGCUGGAACAUUAUAAGAAACACAUCAAGGUCAGACCAUACGAUUUACCACCAACCGUUCAGUCCUCGUGUCUUUGGGGAGAAUAUACAAAACGAAAUUACCAGUCAAAACAUUAUGGAAAGGGACAUAACUUGAAUAUUGCACUGACAGCUGCAUAUGACAAAGCAUUGGAAGCGCAUGACGUCAUCGUGAUGCCCACUACACCAUGUAAAGCCCCGAAGCUUCCGUCUGCAGAUGUGAAUAUCCCAGAGGUUCUUAAAGAGACGUCAUUUAUGCUGAUCAAUACAGCGCCAUUUAAUAUUACUGGACACCCAGCAAUUUCUGUUAAUGCUGGAUUCUCAGAAGGGCUGCCGAUAGGUGUCAUGAUUGUCGGUCGCCGUAACGAUGAUGUCACAGUUUUAAGAGUGGCCAAGGCAUUGGAAAGUAGCUUGACUUAUUAAUAUAAGCAUAUUUUAUUAAUCGGGAAUUUACAAAUCUGAACAGUAUAACGACAUAACUUUUUAAGCGAUGAUUUCGCUGAUUCUUAAAAACAAAGAAACAGUAAUUUAGCAUUUCUAUGUUGUUUUCUUUUAUUAAAACAAUAAAAACUAUAUGCACAGCUGCAGAAAUUGAUUGCAUGAAUUUUGUAUCAAAGCUAAUACGUAUCUAAUUUAGUAGUUGUGGUCAGGGACAUAUAAACAAAAUAUUCCCCAUCACACCUUUUGUAUUUCAAGUUAAAUUGCUUAGAUUUUUAGUUCCAAACAAAAAACAUGUUCAAAAUUAAAAUACUUGAAUAUGCAUUCCAUGUGUUUGACG